CCGCCCCGCCGCGGCCCAACUUGGAUGGAGUUGGGAUCCUGAGCGCCAGCCGCCGCCCCCCGCCACCGCUGCCUGCGGAGAAGAGCCCCGCGCCGCUACCUCCGUUCUGGGACCCUCUUUCCGCUCCUCUCCGCUCCCGCGAUGGGAAAAGUUGGCGCCGGCGGCGGCUCCUCAGCCGGGCUGAGCGCGCUCCUCGCCGGCGCGGGGCUCUUGGUGCUCUGCGCCCCGGGCGCCUGCGGCGGCGGCUCCUGCUGCCCCCCACCACAUCCCAGCGCUGCCGGCCGCUGGCCCCCGACCCUGGGACGCUUUCCUCACCGGGGGCCGCCGAGCAGGGCUCCUGCCACGCCCCUGACCUUCCCUGCGCGCCCCCUGUUUACAGUGGCCCCCGGGGACCGAGCGCUGUCCCUGGAGCGGGCCCGGGGCACCGGGGCGUCGCUGGCAGUUGCUGCACGGUCCGGCCGAAGGAGACGGAGCGGAGAGGAUCAGGAGAAGGCAGAAGGCGGAGAGGGCGCCGGCAGGAGCCCCCGGGGAGCGCUGAGGGAUGCAGGGCAGCAGGAGCCUGGGACUCGGGAGCGGGACCCGGACAAAGCCACCCGCUUCCGGAUGGAGGAGCUGAGGCUGACCAGCACUACGUUCGCGCUGACCGGCGACUCCGCACACAACCAAGCCAUGGUCCACUGGUCUGGCCACAACAGCAGCGUGAUUCUCAUUUUGACAAAGCUCUAUGACUACAACCUGGGGAGCAUCACGGAGAGCUCACUUUGGAGGUCAACUGAUUAUGGGACCACCUAUGAGAAGCUAAAUGAUAAAGUUGGUUUGAAAACAAUUUUGAGCUAUCUGUAUGUGUGUCCUACCAACAAGCGUAAGAUUAUGUUACUCACAGACCCAGAGAUUGAGAGCAGUUUGUUGAUCAGCUCAGAUGAGGGAGCAACCUAUCAAAAGUACCGGCUGAACUUCUACAUUCAGAGCCUGCUUUUCCACCCCAAGCAAGAGGACUGGAUUCUGGCGUACAGUCAAGACCAAAAGUUAUACAGCUCUGCUGAAUUUGGGAGAAGAUGGCAGCUUAUCCAGGAAGGGGUUGUACCCAACAGGUUUUACUGGUCUGUGAUGGCAUCAAACAAGGAGCCAGACCUGGUGCAUCUUGAGGCCAGAACUGUGGACGGUCAUUCACAAUACCUAACUUGUCGAAUGCAGAACUGCACCGAGACCAACAAGAAUAAACCUUUCCCAGGCUACAUUGACCCAGACUCUUUGAUUGUCCAGGAUGAUUAUGUGUUUGUGCAGUUGACAUCAGGAGGAAGACCUCACUACUAUGUGUCCUACCGAAGGAAUGCUUUUGCCCAAAUGAAACUUCCGAAAUAUGCUCUGCCCAAGGAUAUGCACGUCAUCAGCACAGAUGAGAACCAAGUGUUCGCAGCAGUUCAAGAGUGGAACCAGAACGACACGUACAACCUCUACAUCUCAGACACGCGUGGAGUCUACUUCACCCUGGCCUUGGAGAAUGUCCAGAGCAGCAGGGGCCCCGAGGGGAAUGUCAUGAUCGACCUCUAUGAGGUAGCAGGGAUAAAGGGAAUGUUCUUGGCUAACAAGAAGAUUGACAACCAAGUGAAAACUUUCAUCACAUACAACAAAGGCAGAGACUGGCGAUUGCUGCAGGCUCCAGACACGGAUCUGAGAGGGGACCCUGUGCACUGCUUGCUGCCAUAUUGCUCACUACACCUUCACCUGAAGGUCUCUGAAAAUCCCUACACCUCAGGGAUUAUUGCCAGCAGAGACACAGCUCCAAGCAUCAUAGUGGCUUCAGGUAAUAUAGGAUCUGAGUUGUCAGACAGUGAUAUCAGCAUGUUUGUCUCUUCCGAUGCGGGGAACACUUGGAGGCAGAUCUUUGAAGAAGAGCACAGUGUUUUGUACCUGGAUCAAGGUGGUGUCCUGGUUGCUAUGAAGCACACGUCUCUCCCAAUUCGACAUCUUUGGUUGAGUUUCGAUGAAGGGAGAUCGUGGAGCAAAUACAGUUUCACAUCUAUUCCACUCUUUGUGGAUGGGGUUCUUGGUGAGCCUGGGGAAGAGACUCUAAUCAUGACAGUGUUUGGACACUUCAGCCACCGCUCCGAAUGGCAGCUGGUCAAAGUGGACUACAAGUCCAUUUUUGAUAGGCGCUGUGCCGAGGAGGACUACAGACCAUGGCAGUUGCACAGCCAGGGGGAAGCAUGCAUCAUGGGAGCAAAAAGGAUAUAUAAGAAGCGAAAAUCAGAACGGAAGUGUAUGCAAGGGAAGUACGCUGGAGCUAUGGAAUCUGAACCCUGUGUCUGCACAGAGGCCGAUUUCGACUGUGAUUAUGGCUAUGAGAGACACAGCAAUGGCCAGUGCCUGCCAGCUUUUUGGUUCAACCCAUCCUCUCUGUCAAAGGACUGCAGCGUGGGGAAGAGUUAUCUCAACAGCACUGGGUAUAGAAAGGUGGUUUCCAAUAACUGCACUGAUGGGGUGAGAGAACAGUACACUGCCAAGCCACAGAAGUGCCCCGGGAAGGCCCCUCGGGGACUCCGGAUCAUCACAGCUGACGGAAAGCUGACGGCUGAGCAGGGACACAACGUUACUCUGAUGGUGCAGCUGGAAGAGGGUGAUGUUCAGCGGACGCUCAUCCAAGUGGACUUCGGUGAUGGUAUUGCAGUGUCUUACGUCAACCUGAGCUCCAUGGAAGACGGCAUCAAACACGUCUAUCAGAAUGUGGGCAUUUUCCGAGUGACCGUGCAGGUGGACAACAGCCUGGGGUCUGACAGCGCCGUCCUGUACUUACAUGUAACUUGUCCCUUGGAGCACGUGCACCUGUCUCUCCCCUUUGUCACCACAAAGAACAAAGAAGUCAACGCGACUGCAGUGCUGUGGCCCAGCCAAGUGGGCACGCUGACUUACGUGUGGUGGUACGGAAACAACACGGAGCCCUUAAUCACCUUGGAGGGAAGUAUAUCAUUCAAGUUUACUUCCGAAGGCAUGAAUACCAUCACAGUGCAGGUCUCAGCUGGGAAUGCCAUCCUGCAGGACACAAAGACCAUUGCGGUGUAUGAGGAAUUCCGGUCUCUUCGCUUGUCAUUUUCUCCAAACCUGGAUGACUACAACCCGGACAUCCCUGAGUGGAGGAGGGACAUCAGCCGAGUCAUCAAAAAGUCCCUGGUAGAAGCCACAGGCAUUCCAGGCCAGCACAUCUUGGUGGCCGUGCUCCCUGGCCUACCUACCGCCGCUGAGCUCUUUGUCCUGCCCUAUCAGGAUCCAGCAGGAGAAAGCAGAAGGUCGCCUGAAGAGCUUGAGCAGGUAUCAGAACUACUGAUCCACAAGCUCAACCAAAACUCGGUGCACUUUGAGCUGAAACCUGGGGUCCAAGUCCUUGUCCAUGCAGCUCACCUAACAGCAGCCCCACUGGUGGACCUCACUCCAGCCCACAGUGGAUCCGCCAUGCUGAUGCUGCUCUCAGUGGUGUUUGUGGGGCUGGCCGUGUUUGUCAUCUACAAGUUUAAAAGGAAGAUCCCGGGGAUUAAUGUAUAUGCCCAGAUGCAGAAUGAGAAAGAACAAGAGAUGAUCAGUCCAGUCAGUCACACUGAAAGCAGGCCCAAUAUCCCUCCGACUGAACUAAGGAGGCCUGGCCAGCUUAUAGAUGAGAAGGUGGAAUCACAGCUCAUAGGAGAGUAGCUUUACCCUCCCCUCCCUCCCCUUCUACUCAACCUGGUGACUCAUCUCUCCGAUUGCAAAGAGCAAGACACGCCACUCCACCUUCAACGCCAAAGCGGGGAUCGGCUGGGGCACAGUUUGCAAUUUAAGGAAAACCCCCAAAGGCUGCAGGCGACCUGCUGAUCAGGAAAGAAUUUCGCUCUUGUCAAGUGCAUCAUCCUUCAUGACCACUAACUUUGUUUUUUUUUUUUUUCUUUCCUUUGUUGUUCUGUUUCCUAUUUUGCCAGGAAGUAUUUCCAUAGUUGCUGAGAAUCAAAGCACAAAAGAAAUCCCUACCUAUGUAAAUGUUUGACUGGAGGACGCCAGUAAACAAACAAACAAACAAACAAAAAACAAAAAAUAAAAUAAAAACAAUCAAAGUCCAAACAAACAAACACUCACUGCAUCGGGACUUUUUAAUUCUUCAGACACAGACAACAAGGGUUUUUAGCUUUAAGCCUGUGCAUGUGGACAAUAUCUUGAGAACACAUUUGGAGGGGCAGUGUACAGGUGCUCUAUUUUAAUGGAAAACACUCCCCUCCCCUUUCCUUCUUCUCUCUCCUUUUUCUGAUCCGUCGUGUUUGUAGAAAAUUCAUAACAUAUAUAGGCCAAGGAAAUCUGCAUGUAUUUUUGGAAGUAUUCUUGGCUCUAGAUUUAACAGCUAUUUUAGCAGUAUAGGCUGAUGGGUGGGUUAGCCAUCCCGGCCAUUUUCAUAAGACACAAAGACAUGCACAGGAGUUUGAAACCCUGAGCUGAUUUCUGUUCUAAUUUCCUUACUCUGUCAUUUUUCCUUCUGAGUUAGUUUUGGUAGCGGUCAGCAGUGACCACAAGGCUACCUUCUCGAUUCUCUGUGGCCACAGGGACAAAGAUGUGAGUUGAAAACCCAUGUAUACAGAUGGAAUAGAGAACAGGGAGGCAAAGCAUGUUGGCAAUGGACCUUUGUUUCCCAUUCAGUUCUCCUGUUCCCUCCCCCAGCUUAUGGGGACAAUGGAAUCCCAACAGUUACCCAUUGUCUUGCCUUCCCACUUGUCUGCCAUCCCUGUGUGAACAUGAAGUGUUGAUGUCUCUGAAUCUCUUCUUUCAGUCCCCUUGUUACCCUGACACUGUUGUUUCCAUUUUUUCUCCCCGAGCUUGUCAUUAGAUUCUCACCACUAGCUCUGACAUAUCCUAAACACUGGCUUAGCCUCUGCCAACCCUGCCUCCACCACUCACAAUCUCGGAUCUCUGUUGGUAUUGUGUGCUCCAAGCAUGCCAGCUUCCGUGCCCACUGAGACCAAGCUGCAUCCUGCCUCGCAGGGCUCAGUGUCAUGCAUCCUUGUCUCUUCCUCUAGAACCUACCUUUUCCAAGUAUCCCUGCCUUUUCUCACCUGGAAACAUACAAUGUGUGUGAAAGAGUUGACAUAUGCAAAGCAGUUCAAACCUGGCCAUACUCUAUGGUGUUCUCACACCUUAGCAAAAAUCUCUUGUGGUCCACUUCCAGAAAAUUCUUGUGAGAAAUGUUUUGAACAUGUGACUAUGUUACAUGACAGUUUCCUCCUGUGAUGAUUUCUGUUAACAUUUCUCUCUCCCAGAAUAAAAAUAUUUGUGAAAUAAAACUGAGUUUAACCAGAAGGAGAAGGAGAUUAAUGGACUUAAUGUUGAAGAGAGUCUAAAGUCUGAUAAAAUAUACAGAGGUCUUAUCUUACAUUAGGAUGAGAUUUUUGAUUAUUUAGGAUGAGCCUAGUGAUUUCACAUGUGUAUUCUCUGAUUGCAGUAUCAGUAAGAGACAAAUAAGUCAGUAAGAAGGGGAGGAGUUAGCUGAGUACAGCAAAGCAGAAGAGAUUCUGAAAGCGUGGAGAAAUCCCAGUUUCCCCAGGACAGUCAUGAGAGAAAGUCCUGAGAAGGAAGGAAUCAAAAGCCUGCCAGCAGAAGCCCCUUCCAUAAUAUGAACAGGGCAAAGCCCACUCUAAAAUAUAGGACCAAGCAGUCCUGAGAAACCACUGAGAAAACUCAGCCUCCUUCUUGGCUGUGCUCCCCAGACCAACAACCGUGUACAUACAGUAGGGGCCCUGGUGGUGAUGGGAGUGUCCCAAAGAUCCUGGUAUUCCAUGUCCUUCUGCAGCUCUGGCAAGGAAGAAGUAGCAAAGCUGCUGUCUGAAGUUGAUCGAGUAGAGGUGGUUCCUGGUUGAGGGUGCUCCACCUGGAUCUGGGAAAUGUAUUGUGCCUGGGGCAGCCACCUAUCUCCAGACCUGAACCGAUUGCCAGCCUGCCAGGCUUCCUAGCUCACAGGAAACAUCCUCAUUGAUUCUCAUCAGUUGGAGCCUCCCAAAUUUGGAAGACAAAAUGUUUGGAAACCAAAUGAGGCUCACCCAAACCAGCACAGGGUACCCUCAUAGUUGCAGUUCAAUUCCUUUUAAAAAGAAAAUGAAGAAAAAUGGAAUCACAUUCUUAAUCUAGCACAGUGCCUUGCAAAGAAUAGUAUUAGGAGAAUUAUUUGUUGACGAAACACAUGCAUGAAAAGACAUGGGGAAGAAUGGGCUGUAAGUCCUAAUUGAGGACUGGCAUUUUGGAAAGUGACCAGAUAGCCAGCUGUAGGUUCAGCAUCUCCACUGUCCUCAUGUGCCUCUCCUCAAAGCUCCCUUCCACCUGUAGGUGAUUAGUGAGGCAAGGUGCUGCUCAGAGGGUAUCUCAUUGUUCUUAUGGCCCAGGUCAGUGCUUCUGUAAGUGUGGUUCCUGGACAAGCCAUGUCAGCAUCACCUUGGACUUAGAAAUGCAAAUUCUGGGCCCAUCUCCCAGACCUACUAAAUCAGAAACUCUAGGAAAUUAAUAGUGCUAUUUCGUAUUCUGAGUGACACUGGGUCAGUGAUGUGGUUAACAAGCCCUUCAGGUGAUUGCAAUGCAUGCUAAUAUUUAAAACCACAGUGUGGGGCCAUUCCAGCUCAAUCCCAAAGAGAAGGUGGUAAUGAGAGCCUACAAACGAGAGGGACUCAAGUGCCUACCUACUCACUAAUAGCAGGUGCAAAAGCAGUGAGGAGUUGUGGUGGGCUUAAGGCCAGAGGAGUGUGUGGGGAGGGAUGUGUGUGGAAGGUGAGAUUCAGGGAAAGUUAAAAGUGCUUAUACUGCAAUAUUUUCCAAAAUCCCAGAAGGCAAACUGUGCAUGCUUUACCCUGAACUACUCAACCAACAUGUUCUCCCUUGCCUUAUUCCUAAUUGGAUUCACUAUCCAAAAUGCAGAGAUUUGCUUUGCUUUUUUUCAGAAGUUCCAAACAGCAACUUUGAGAGCAAUGGGGUGCUUGGCAGCUGUUCUGUGUUUUCCAGGAUUCCAACUGAGCAUUGAAAUCCCUCAUUUGCCAACUUAUUUUUAUAGGAAGCCAAUUUAAAAUAAAAUGAAAGUUUUCUUAUAGUAUUGGAACUACUUCUAAUUUUAAAAUGACUUUUUUGAUGUAUUUUUUGUUAAAUACUAUGUAGUGUAAAGUAUAAUUGCUCUUGUUUAUUGCUUUUACAAUCAUAUUUAUUAAACAGAUAAUGUCUCUAAA